AUGUUGACUGGACAUCAUCCUGAUAAUGAUAACGAUGGCGAUGAUACGCCACAGUUAUCUGCUGAAGCAAUGAGUGCACUGGCGGAAUUUUAUGCCGAACUGAGUACCGCUGAUAAAGUUUCUGUUAAAGAAGACUGGCAGCUGAGUCAAUUUUGGUAUUCAGAAAACACUGCUUUAAAACUUGCUGAAGAAUGUAUAAAGAGUGUUGGAAAUUGUGGAAGAAUCGCUUGUAUAUCGUGCCCGACGCUUCUUGAUUACCUUCUGAUGAAUGAUUGCGUAGUGCAUGAACGUGUUGUGGUAAAACUUUUUGAAUAUGAUCGCCGAUUUGAGACCAAGUUUUCUGAGAAAUUUGUUCUGUAUGAUUAUCGCAAACCUUUAGCAAUAUCCGAAUUAUAUCACAAUGCAUUUGAUUUCAUUGUUAUUGAUCCGCCCUAUCUAUCUGAUGAGUGCUUAAUCAAAGUAGCACAAACAGUACGAUUACUGUCCCGCGACUCCGCAACGAAGUUAUUGAUUUGUACAGGCGUAAUCAUGGAAAAACUUGUCCAGAGGCUAUUUCACGCACACAAAUGCAAAUUUCAACCUUCCCACAAACACAACCUUGCUAAUGAAUUUGCCUGUUACACAAAUUACGAAACCGCGAUUUUGUAA